CCCGGCCGCCGCUGCCUCUGCGCCGUCGCUCGUCACUCUGGCGGCCUCGCGCUCGCUUCGAAGAACUCGCUUUGAAGAACUGGUUUGGAAGAACUGGUUUUGAAGAACUCGUUCCGAAGAACUCGCUUUGAAGAACUCGCUUCGAAGAAAUCGCUUUGAAGAACUCGCUUCGAAGAACUCGCUUUGAAGAACUUGCUUCGAAGAACUGGUUUGGAAGAACUCGCGACGUCGGAAGAGACCGCGACGUCUUGAAAGAACUCGAGACUUCCGAAGCACUCGCGGUUUUGAAGUCAUUCCGGAAAAACACUUCAGACGUCGGGAAAACUAACGAAGUCGAAAAGAGAGAGAGAGAAAAAAAAAAUUACGACUUUGAAAAAUUUCCCGACUUUGGAGAACACUCGUAACGUCGAAGUAAUAAUGAUGUCUCGAGAACAAUAAAUACGAGAACAGCUGUCUUCAUCUGAAGAACACUUGAAGAAAUACGUAACGUAAAAAAAAAAAAAAAAAAUUUGGUACAUCGAAAACUUGUGACAUAUGAUGAAUUAGCGAAGUCACAAGAGCUAAGUGACGUCUGGAGAACUCACUACUUUACCUGACUUCUUGACGUCAGGAGAACUCGCAGCGGCCGGAGAACUUUUUGAACGUCAGUCGUAGUUCUGAAAUCAGAAGAACUCGCGAAUUCAGAAGCCCUUUUUGACAUCAGAAGAAGAAUUGAUGACAGAGACUCGCCACACCACGUGACAUCACUGACUUCGCCUCCCCCACAUAAAAGCCGCUGGAACGAGGAGCCUCGGCCAGCACCAUGCAGCAGGACUUCCCUCACCUCUGUGAUAACCGCUCUCUGUGGCAGGACCAGAAGUGCCACACGCUCGCCGACCUCUGUGGCUCCGGUGCCUCGAUGAAUGACAGUCUGACCGACGUCUGUGCCGAUGAUGAGCUGAUGGGAGUCGUCGGCAACAGCACGCUUCUGCAAAUCUGCAACAGUGACAUUAACAACCUGCGCGCGUGGCUGUACCCCACUAUUAUUCCGGUCUUCACGGUCGUCACGCUGGUCUCGGGCGUGGUGAGCAGCCUGGUGGUGGUGGCGACGCCCUGGGUCAGACGCCCUAUGUCCCCCACCAUCCGUCUCUCCCUCUCCCUCGCGGCCGCCAACACUGUGGUCUCCUUCGCCAUCAUCCUCGACCUGCUUUUCAACACAUACGUCCCGGCCGUGUACCCUCUUCUCCCAUGUAGCUCCGUCUACGGCCACUACGUGUGUGUACAGCUGACAAUUUUCACGGUGAAGAUGGCCAUGAUUCUGGUCCAGGUUCUGCACCUCCUGGUCGUGGCCAUGAACCACUACAUCGGCAUCCGUCGGCCUCUGCACUACGCCACCAUCGUCACGCCUCGCUUUCUGAAGAAGGUCCUCGCCGGCUUGUGGGUUUCGCCUAUAGCAGUCAUGUUUGCCGCCUUGUCAGUCGUCCCAGGCCAGGGCUACCAAUCUCCGUCUUGCGCCAACAACGACUUUAUAGAAAACGGCAUCACAUUCAGGAUCGUGUGGAUCUGCAUCUUCUUCGGCCCAACGCUGCUCAUCAUCCUCGCCUACUGCCACAUCUUCUUCCUGCUUAAGAACCGCAGUCUCUACCUGGUCAGCGCAGAACAACGCUCUCAGCUCAGGAAAAACAUCAACACGGUGGCUACAACGGCACUCAUCGUUGGCACCUUCGUCAUGGGGUGGGUGCCAGCUAUGGUCAAGUACGUGCUGGUGUGCCACAACUGCCCCGUGAGUAACCUCAGCUUCCUGACGCAGCUUGUCCUUGGGAUCAUCGUUAAUAGUCUUUAUACACUGAAGGUAUUCAUCGACACUUUCAUCUACGCCCUUCGCCUGCCAGACAUCCGGAAGGCGCUGGUGACCAUGUGGGAGGCGGCACGGAAAUGCACGAGAGGAAGACCUGUCCCUGGCAACGACCACUCACGACUCUCCUCCUCAAGGACGACUUCUAUACAGCUGUCUCUGAGCUCCUCGAGUCUCCACAGGCUGAGGUCAACUCUGAGUCACGGGUCACCAGGCUCCCGUUCGGGGUCAAGGUCGCGCUCCGCCUCGCCCGCCCUGCAUAACAACCAGAGUAAACGGAUGGCCUCCCAGUCGCCCUUGACCGCCAGGAAGGGACCUCUGAACCUGGAGGUCGUCGCCUUCACUAAUAGCGCCAACGACGAGCUCCGCCACCAGACGCUGGUGGAACAGCCCCUCGAUCCCAUCCUUGAGGACGACAUCGACUACGUGUAACUCCGGAGCGGCGAGGAGGAGUGGCUCGCUCGAGGCAUUGCGGGAUCGGCGAGGGACGCGGCGAGGGAAGAAGGAAGAAGGAAGGUUGGGUUUGUAAGGAAGACGGAUUGGGGGGAGGAAGGAAUCCGAUGAAUUAGAAGUCAGUAAAGGGAGACUAUUCGAGAGAGCAGGAAUAGGAUCAUCAUCUUCGUCACUCUGUAUCAUUUCAUACACACACACACACACACAUAUAUAUAUGUGUGUGUGUGUGUGUGUGUGUGUGUGUGUGUGUGUGUGUGUGUGUGUGUGUGUGUG